GUGACGUCACGUGGGCGUAACGACCCCGCGGCCCCGCCCACCUCUUGUUUACCCUUGGCUGUGCGGCGGAGAAAUUCUCUUGUGUUUCUUCCUCGUCCCGACGGCUUUUGCUGAAGCUUCAAGGGCCCCCCCCCUUUAAGACGUCUUCUAUAACCAGGAGCCUUGUGUUAGUCUGGACCAAGAAACCUAAAAAGGGGGGCAACAAUGAAGACCGAAAUCUCGACAGCUGCCGCUUUCAUCACCAAGCUCCUCAAACAAAGCGGGCUCAUUGAGGAGAAGCAACUGCAACAGUUCUGCCAGUCCCUGCAAGAGUCCAUGAAAGAUCAUUAUAAACAUCACUGGUUUCCUCAGAUUCCGUGCAGGGGAUCUGGGUAUCGCUGUUUACGAAUCAACCACAAAAUGGACCCCUUGAUAGGACGUGCGGCCGGACAUAUCGGCCUCAGCCUCCAGAGACUGUUCCGUCUUCUCCCCAGCGAGCUCACCAUGUGGGUCGACCCGUUCGAAGUUUCCUAUCGGAUCGGAGAAGACGGGUCCAUCUGCGUAUUGUACGACGGGUCGCCGGCAGUAGUAGGCAUGCCUUUGGAGGCCCACUCCAGCUGCAAAGAUGCACUUCGGAUGGGGCGGCACAGUCCUUCCAAAAAUUACAGCAUGAUGACCGUUUCUAGUUAAAUAUAAAAGUCAAGAAGAACACUUUAUUGUACAAUGUUGUAUGUUUCCCUUUUUAACUCCUUGUCUUCAUGACCGUUAGAUUAAAAGUGAACUUGCCCCAUCCUACGCACAUAAACCUAACCUAAAAAAAAAAAUUGUAGUACUGCCAGGUGAGCAUAGAAAUGUAAUUUGGUGUUAAAGGCUCUUAUUAGUUUUUAAUCCUUUCCCCCAUGUGGAAUUGUACAUUGUAAAUGAAAUAUUGGGUCAAGAGAGAAUUUAUAUUUUGGCAUUACCCUUGACUCUUUUUAAUAAAAAAAAAAAAAAAAAAACACA